GUUGGCAUUCGGUGUCUAUGGAAGGCAGGACGUGGAGCGCGCAAGGGACAAAAUGUUGGGGGUGUUUGGAGUCACGACGCACGACGCGACGUCAUGACCCUGAAGUGAAUCGCGAUGGAAUUUCUUCUGCUGACGUGAAAUUCCCAGGCCCGACACGCGCGCUGCACAUGUAGCUGCUGUUCACAUCAAACUGUUUUUGAGUUAAAUGUGAUCACCUCUUCAUAAUUAACUUCAUCAGCGCUAGUUUUUUUAUUUAUUUAUUUUUCAUUGCGUGUCUGCUGAGUGGAGAAAAGUGCAGCGCGCUCUGAAGAGUGCGCUGAUUGUUUGGGUCCUUUUUUUUCGCGGAUUUUUUUGUGCGCACACGCAGCUUCAUGCACCGCGCACCUGUGGAUGCCCGCAGAAGGAGCACCGAGGACGCCUUUGGGUUUUUUCCACUCGGGUUUAUUUGCUGAAGCGCGUGUCGGAUGUGCCACAUUCUGGAGCGAGGUCCGGUCACGUUCAGCACCACGUCGGCUUCGAACAGCUCCCCGCUCGGCGCGUUUGAAUGGGCUCUGUCGGUCUCCGGUGUCUCCCGCAUCUCCUAACUACCAGCCGCGAUGGCUUCACACGGGUUCUGGUCUCUCGGCGGGGAUAACGCGGGGACCAACACCGGCAGUCAGAGCCCCAGCACGCCCAGGGCUUGGUGCCAAGCGGCGGCCCAGAAAUUAUCCGGAGGAAUUGGAUCUAAAUUAUGUGCGCUGCUGAACGUCGGGGAGGUGGAAAAAACCGCCGACCCGGCCGCCAAACAGCCGCUGCAGACUGCUGCAGGAAGCUGCGGCUGCAACAAACCUUGCACCUGCACCAAACCCGACGUGGUCUUCUCAGACCUCUAUUCAACAGACCUGUUACCUGCCCUGGACGGUGACACCAAAACGAUGACCUUCCUGCAGGAGGUGGUGGACCUUCUUCUCGCGUACAUAGUUGAAUCUUUCGACCGGGAAACGAAAGUCAUUGAUUUUCAUUAUCCAAACGAGCUGCUGCAGCUGAACAACUGGGAGCUGCAGGACGAGCCCGCCACCCUGGAUGACAUCUUGAUCAGCUGCCGCGCCACUCUCAAAUACGCCAUCAAAACUGCCCACCCCAGGUACUUCAAUCAGCUCUCCACAGGAUUAGACAUGGUUGGACUGGCAGCUGAUUGGCUGACAUCCACUGCCAACACCAACAUGUUCACUUAUGAGGUGGCUCCUGUUUUCGUGCUGCUGGAAUACGUCACCCUGAAAAAGAUGAGGGAGAUCAUUGGCUGGCCUGACGGCCGAGGAGACGGCAUCUUUUCCCCUGGUGGUGCUAUCUCCAACAUGUAUGCCAUGCUCUUAGCCCGCUUCAAGAUGUUCCCUGAAGUGAAGGAGAAGGGGAUGUCAUCCGUUCCUCGACUGGCGGCCUUCACGUCCGAACACAGCCAUUUCUCCAUCAAGAAAGGGGCAGCUGCUCUGGGCAUCGGGACUGAGAGUGUGAUCUGUAUCAAGGCAGAUGAAUGUGGUAAACUGAUCCCUGCUGACCUUGAGAGGAGAAUACUGGAGGCGAAACAGAAGGGCUUUGUUCCUUUCUUUGUGAGCGCGACAGCUGGAACAACAGUGUACGGAGCCUUUGACCCUCUCAUCGCCAUCUCCGACAUCUGCAGGAAGUACAACGUCUGGAUGCACGUGGAUGGAGCGUGGGGAGGAAGUCUGCUCAUGUCUGGGAGACACCGGUGGAAGCUAGAUGGAGUCGAAAGAGCCAACUCUGUCACAUGGAACCCCCACAAAAUGAUGUCUGUUCCCCUGCAGUGUUCUGCCCUGCUGGUCCGAGAGGAGGGUUUGAUGCAGAACUGCAACCAGAUGCACGCCUGCUACCUGUUCCAGCAGGACAAACACUAUGACCUGUCCUACGACACGGGAGACAAAGCGUUGCAGUGUGGACGCCAUGUGGACAUCUUUAAGCUGUGGCUCAUGUGGAGAGCAAAGGGCACCAUAGGCUUCGAGGCUCAAAUUGACAAGUGUCUGGAGCUGUCAGAGUACCUUUACAACAAGAUCAAAGACCGAGAAGGAUACCAGAUGGUCUUUGAUGGGAAACCUCAGCACACCAACGUCUGUUUCUGGUACCUCCCCCCUGGGAUUCGCUACAUGGAGGACAAAGAGGAGCAAAAGAAACGUUUGCACAAGGUGGCUCCAGUGAUAAAAGCUAGGAUGAUGGAGUAUGGAACGACCAUGGUGAGCUACCAGCCUCAAGGAGACAAGGUCAACUUCUUCCGCAUGGUGAUCUCAAACCCCGCUGCUACCUUUGAGGACAUCGACUUCCUUAUCGAGGAAAUUGAGCGACUCGGCCACGAUCUAUAAGACUCCUCAUCAAAUCCUCCCACACUUUUUCCCUCGAUGGAUGAAAUGUUUGUCAUGAAUGUACCGGUAACCAUUUUCAUUUCUCUCCUUUCCUGUAAAAUCUCCUAUUUAAGAGUAUAUUUGAGAAAAAGAUCUACAGAUAUAUCCAUUUAUUGCUUACGCAGCUUUUUCUGAUUUGUGGACCGACUCGGUUCAACGCUUUGUAAAAGUGUGGCUGUCUGCCUUUCUUAUCGUGUAGUAGCUGCAAGAUUAGUGUAAUCGAUGUGACUUUACAUGUACCUUUUGUGAUAUGAAAUGCCUGUGCAAUAAGUCGAUGAGGAAGACUUUUUUUGUUUGUUUUUGGGGUCAUGACUCAUUUACUGAGUAUGUUGUUAAGUGCCAAAUGUAGUUGUGUUCUAUUGUAAAUUUUAACAUUUUAAACUUCUGAUUUAAACAAAAAUAGCACUUCACUUUACCUCAGCUUAAUCUACUGCCUGUACACAUGGGAGAAAGUAGUUUAGCAGUGAUUUUGGACAAAACCGAACUUAUUCAUCUGCCAAACCAGCAAAUCUUUACAAUGCAUCCCAGUCACAGCUGAUGGUACUUGGUGUAGGGACAUGCUAAGAUGCGAGGAAGGUCAAAUUUAAAAACUUCUCAGCCUUUAGUUCUUGUUUAGAAUUGUGUUAGAUACUCCUACAUUUGAAGUAGGGCCUAAGAAGUAAUGGUUUAUCUUAAUUUUAUCUCCAUUUAAUGGCGAGUGUGGUUUCUGCAGAAGUAUCCUGUCAACCAGCAUUAUUAGAUUUAGAGUUUGAUACGGUUCGAUUUCAGACACAUUCUGUAGUUGUAUUUCUGCAAGUUUAGCAGCUUUAAGCAUGCCUGCUGCCCCCAGUGGUCACCAUUUGAUCUGCAACUUCUGGGUGUAGUCGCUGGUGUCUUCACUUAAAGGUGCAUUAUGUAGAAAUAAAGUAAAAUAGCAUCCUGCAGUCAAAUUUGCUUACUGUUCUCUCUCUAACUCCUGUUUCGUGAAUUUCAUGGCUGUUGCCAGUUACCUAUCAACACCAGAAGAUUCCAGAUAACAAGCAAUGACAAGUCAGACACAGUAAGUUGACAAGUAGAUAAAUUGUCAUUGCUGGUGCUAGCACCCUUGGCUGUUUUUCAGUAGGGAGCACUUACUACAAUUGAUACAGUAAUAUGCCUCCGCCAAAGAGGAAGUGUUGUUGCGUUGCUGUUCGCCUGCUGUUAAUGCUCUGAAUGACGUGUUUAAGGAAGUACGAUGCCACAUUUGACUCAUUAUUCACUUCACACAUAUAUUUCACUGUAAUAUCAAGUUGUUGGUAUUUGAAAAUGCAACUUGAGAUAUUUGUUAGAGCCAACUAUUUGCAUCUAAUUCACUGUUAGCAGAAAUAACUUUUGGGUCGCUCUUGCUGGCUUCGGUUCUUUAAAAACCUCUGGAGCUUUUUGCCGGCCACGAUUUAAUUACAAACACCGGCACUGCAGCGAUAGCUCGCAGGAGACAUGGCAACCCCACACUCACUGAUGGUAAACAGUAGCUACGUCCCUCCUUCCUUUAUUUUGAAGGAGAAAAACUGACAACCCCCGCAGCCUGCUGAGAAUGAAAUGUUUAAGUACAACCCUCCUUCUAACAUGAUUGUGAUUUUGGAUUAUUUCUCUGUAGAACUCUUACUUCAUUCAUACAUAUUGCACCUUUAAAUGUGUUUAUCAGGCUCCUGUCUGGUAAGCAUGACUUCCUGUUCCCAUUUUUGUAGCAUUUUCUGCGUAAACAAAAUAAGAAAAACUACCAAAACCCUGAGGCAACAUUCAUACAAUGCAUAACAAAUGGUAUUGGUAUAAAAAUGGACUUUUACCAGAUUUAAAUAUGUUGCUGGUUAACUAGAGUGUCCUGUCAAAAUCAGAGAACCUGGCUUGCCAAAUCAGACUGCAGACCUUGUGUGGAAAAGGUUGUUUCUUAACAGUUAUGCGGCUGUCUGGUGGAAAAAGCGGGCACAAUUAAAAAUAAAGGAAGUGGCAAAGAUUUUUUAAACCACGCAGAGGUUCAGGAUAAAUUCAACAGGCUGACUGGUGGUGGUUUGCAGACAUUUACGUAUUGCUAUUGGGACACCAGUGUGUGCAAUAUUGUUCAUGCAGAAGAAUGCUGUACUGGAACGUAGAACCCUAACUGCCAUUUUAAAUAAUAAUGACCAAAAUGCUGAAGCACAUAGGAAGUGUUGGGAGUUCAGUUAAUUGCAAAAGGUGACAUCAUCACUAAUAAUGUCGCAGUCGGAGCUUUUUCCUGAAAUUGUCUAAACUUGUGCAACGUGCAAAUGCUUCGUUCAGCUAACAACUAAAUAUGGACGUUUUUGAAAGUGCAUGCCUUGACACAUUAAAAAGGUGGCUUGUGCUUGAUUAUUCUGCCAAACCUGUUUGCAGGUUGCACUUUAUUAAAGUGAAGCACAUUAAAAACAAGAUUACAAGACAAAAUCAUUCGUAUAGUUGCACAUUUGUAAUUUCUAGUCUUUUUCCGACAGUUUUUAAUUGUCCCCUGCAGCUUGGGGUCGUGUUAGCUAUUCAUCACCCCAAAUAAAUCAUUUACCACCUAAUCAGCAAAACUAGAAACCUUCAGAAUGAUCUUACCUUAGGUUGUGCUCUUGUUAUAAUAAAAAAUGACUUUAAGCAGGGCCGUAAUGCUGUUUUUGUGUAGGUGUAGGUACUUUAUUAAAGUUGCAUCUGCUGUAUAUCAGAAAACACUUGCACUAAAUUAUUAUUGGAAGGAGCAGCAACUGAGAUUCCUUCUGUUCUCGUUCAAAGCAAUAUUUAGGUAAGGGUCCAACUUGCAUAUCCUGCAAAAUACAAACCAGUUAGUCAAAGAUAAUCAAGUCUCCAGAAGAAGCACACAUACGUUUGCAAAAAAUAAAUAAAUAAAUAAAAGAUGCUUAUCGUAGACGGGGUUUAAGCAGAAGAUCUGUAGCAUUUUUCAUUAGGUAGAAAAGCACAAUUCCCUCAACACGGUCGGUCAGUGUACAAUCACUUUUGAUCAUAGAUUGUAAAUACUAUUUCCAGAUGUCCUAAGUACUUAUCUUUGUGUAUACAUAUGUGUAUAUAAGACAUAUAACCAGAGACUAUUUGUGAGGUAAAUUUAUUCCUAUUUUCUCUGAUAUAGAUGCUCUGUAUUUUCUUCUUGUUGAGCCUAAAAGGCAUUUUUCUUCCCCCAUGUGUGUGUGUGUGUAUGUAUGUCAGAUACUUUGUGACUCUUCUAGCUAUCUCAAAGAAAACUCGUUUCAGGGACUGGUUUUAAAACGAUCGGACAGAUUUCACCUGGAAAUGCCGAAGAGUCUCAGUCGGAGGCUCGAAUGUUUGGAUUUUGAAUCAAUGUGCAAAGCCAUUUUUGACUCUGAAGCUCUGUGAUUUUUUGUGCACAAGUGAUACUUGACAGUAUGUGCCAACGUGUACCUUAGUGUUUGUAACUGUGUUGCCUUAGUAACAAAGAAAACAUUUUCAGUAUUGUCCAGUUUUCCUCCAGAAUCGGGAGGUUGUGCACUUUAGGGUAAAUGAUCUAACAACGUGCAACGUCUAAUAAGUUGAUGUAAAAGAAAAUCCGAUCAGCUAAAAAGUACUUUUAAACUAUAGUUCAGGUGGGAGUCUGUGGAGACGUUAUGAACAAUUAAUACUACGUGGUUUGUAGAUAGCUUCCUAGACAGCCUCCCGUUCAGCUGAGGUCCUUUCAGCUGGAUUAUCUUAAUAUUUCUGUCAGGAUACUUGACUAAAACUCAAUUUGACAUUGACAUAAAAGCUUCCACAUCAUAAUUUGCCUGAACUGCCAGGAAUUUUUUAAAGAUCAGAGUUGUUUUAAAUCUUCAAUUACUCAGAUGAACCCUUGGCUUGCUAGCUUGGUCAUAUCCUAUGCCUAUUUCUCCAAACUACAGUUUUAUAGAGCGCUGUCUACUACAAGCAGGACAUUAAUUAUUCAUAAUCUUUCCACAGAAACACUUGAAAAGAUCUCAGUUGUCCAUUCAAGCUCUCUGAUCUGAAUGUCUCAGGAAACAAGGGUCUGAUGCAAAUGAAAGCAUUUCAUUUUCCUGCUGAUUGUAGAUAUUGUAAAGCAAGCGACUCAUCUUUUCUGGGCACCACUUGUGUUCGUUCUUCCGUUACAAACUUACGUGCACACUGUGAUGCAGAGGACAUCAGGAGCCUCGCUUUGGUGGUCGAUCUCAGAAAAGCCAGACACUGUUUCUUCUCGCUGCCGUUGCUGCUGCUGCUGCUAGACCCUUGCAUGUGCAUGCACUAUCCAGCUUGUUUGAUGUUCAGUCUCCUAUAUAUCCACGUGCAUAUAUGUAUACAGUAUGUGUAGCUCCUGUAAUUAGCUUACGUGUCCUAUAUAGCUUAGAGUGUAGAUUAGUGCUCUGUCGCUCUAGCCUUUACAUGUAAUCUCUGUGUCUUGGGCUUCCUGUAACGUUUCUCUGUGCUCUGCAAGCAUGCCAACCUCGCUUCGCUUCGUAAUCCUCUUCGUGCUUGAUCUGACUUUUCUAUCUUUCUGUCUUUCUGCUUGAAGACUGUCGCCGCUUUGAGUGUUUUAUAUAUAUAUACAUAUAUUUAUAUAUAAAUGUAGUCCUUCCGCAUGUCUUGCUGAAAGCUUUCCUCUUCUCCGCACCUGUACGACCCUUUUCUCUCUUUCUCUUCCGCUUCUGGUAGCAGUAUCCUCGCACCUGCUUCUUCUGAUGUGUCUCGGCUGCCUGAUGUUCUUCUGGUUGUGCGUCUGAAACGGCGAGUCGACUCAUCUUCAGUGUUCUUGUUUCAUUUCACCUUUUGGGGAGGUCAAGAGCACUUGAGCAGAGAAACGGACCCUGGUUUCGUGAGAAGUGAGGUUUUUCCUGAUAAACAUGAGUUUAGUACUCGGUGGACUAAAGCUGAAUAAACACGGUGCAGUUUCAAAUCGUAUACUCUGCAAACGGCUGCACUGGCUUUUCAAACAUCUGUUUGUCCGUGUGAAUCUUAGGAAAGAAGAAAUAAAUAUUAUCUAAGUGAAACAA